AUGAACCCACCCAAGGAGACCCUGGAGAUGGAGAUGCCGUGUCAGCCCAUGCUACACAGCCACCAGCACUAUACCAUGGCCGUCCACAUGGCACACCGGGACUGGGAGGACGUGGCCUGGCGGGAGCUGCUGGAACAGAGGCUGGGGAUGAGCCCCACCCAGAUCCAGGCCUUGCUGCGGGACGGGGUGGAGGAGCUGGAGAAUCAAGGCCUGCUACCCGACCUGCAACAGAAGUACAUGACUGCGCUUGCCAACUCCCACUGGCUGCUGCAGCCCAUCGCUGGAAGGGGCGGGAAGGACAUCUUCCAGGUGGACAUCCUCCAGCACCUGAUCCUCUUUGGGCAGGAGGCCUGUCCAGACUGGGCUCUCGAGAGGAAAGUGACCGAGAGACCAGAACAUGCUGAUACCAUGCAGUCCCCAUUGCGCUCUAGACUUGCCACCCGGUUCUGUCUGAAUCGGCCUGUGCUGUGGUGCCCACUUGGUGCGGGGCUGGGGGCAGGGACUCCUCUCAUGUGA